GUGGCUGUCUCAUCGCGUGAUCUUUGACGUCACUGAAGUUUCUCGAAGACUGAUAUCAACAGUGGCAGUGGGUUUUCCUCGGAUUGGAAGAGCUCAGCAGCUGUUCAGAGUAGUUUGGGGAGAAUAUUAUGAAUAAUCUCCUUAUUAAUGAAAGGAGAUAUGAAAAUGUUGAGUUCAGGGGUGUUGAGGAUGAUGCUUUUUAUCAUGGUCUGGAGCAUCCAGGGGGUGGAAGGAAAACCCAUGUGCGACCCAGAAGACCAUAAGUACUAUCAUUUCCAGGGUAACAUGUGUUUACAGUGUGAUAAGUGUCUCCCAGGGGAAGAGGCAAUAUCUUUAGAGGACUGGAACCUAGAACAUUCAAAUCCUGAAAAGGGUCCUACAGAAUGCAGACCUUGUCGGAAAUGUCAGCCAGGAACCUACAGUGAUAAACGGUCCUAUAAAUGUAAACCCUGCAGGAACUGUACGCUGUACAACAAGUACCAGGUCAGGCAGUGUACAGCAACUAGUGACACCGUAUGUGAUGGAGUCAGACCAACUACCCACAGGCUGGUUAUCAUAAGCACACCAAAACCUAACUAUCAACACCAGAAUGAAGAAGUUAAAGGCUCAAUAAACGUGAGCAUCAUCAUCGCAGGAAUCGUUUGUUCAACAGUGUUUGCCAUUUCUCUUGUGGUUAUCGGCUGUUAUUUUGCAAGAAAAAAUAAGCUUUGCCAGAGUGGAAAAAAUAAGAGCAAUCAAGAAGUUCCACCAGGGUCUUCAGAGAGUGAUCUAAAUAGUGAAUUUAGAAUUGACAUGGAAUCAGAAGACGAAAAGCCUCUGCUCCGACCAAAUUCUUCCUGGUCACAGUCUUGCACAAAAUCUUUUGAGCUGAAAACCCAUGAAACAAACCUUGACCAAGAGGACUCUCAUCCUGCUGGUGUUUCAGCAGACGACAAAGAUUCACUGCAUGAUCUGGACGCAGAUGGGCCUUCAGGUAUUAACUUUUCAGGAAGAAUUCGAUUUGAUAGACAGUGGUCUUACCCCUUUGACGAGAAGAAUAAAAGAGAUUACCGUGAAGUUAUGCAGAAGGAUCAACCCUUGACAGCGAUUGACCAAGUUUCCAAAGAUGAUGUGUCUGUUGAGUACAGAGAGAAAACCAUUAUUUUAGAGCUAGCUGAUAGACACCUAAACAGAAUUUCCAAAUAUCUUGCUGUUGGUAACCUCUUCACUGAAGUUGCUAGAGACUUAGGAAUGGAGGAAGAAGACAUACAAGCUGUGAAGAUUGACUAUGGAAAGGAUAACAGCAUAAAAGAAACAGCAUACCAAAUGCUUCUACAGAUCAAGAAGAAAAGGGGAAAGAUUACUCUGCAAGAAUUAAAGAGCUCAUUGCAGCACCAUGGUGUGGGAGUAUGGGAGAAAGUCAACAAAGUCCUUCAUCAAACUGGCUCAAAAGAACAUUAGAUAAUCCACAUAUCAAUCAUCACUCAUAUUAACCAAAUGUGUGGAUCUGUAUGUUGGUGUUCAUGUCCUACAUGGUUAACUUGGUCCCAACAUUUUGUAAAUAGGCAUUUUGUAAAUAGGCAUGUCUUUUAAACCAUUGUAUAUUUACCUCUCUCUCUCUCUCUCUCUCUCUCUCUCUCUCUCAAAAUUGGAAUCAUUAAUGA